AUGAUUGCGUUCAUCUUCGUAACAUUCUGCACUAUUGGUCAUCUUGAAGGACUUGCAUUGAGUGGUUUAACAUCAUCAGGAGCUAAUACGAACAUAACACUUAUUCCUGAUGCUUUAAUUACAAGUCGUAUUCAAUUAGUAGGAAACCUAGUUUUUGAUGAUACAGUUGUAUCAACAGCUAGUAUUCAUCGCAAAAUUGCAUGUUUCUUUGUAUUCGACAAAGAAGCAUCAGAUGAUCUCAAUGGCAAUAUAAACUAUGCAAGAAGUUAUGCUACUCAAUUAGCUGCACUUGCCUCAAAAUACACAGCACAUGCUAAUAUAGUUAUCGUUAAUGCAGGCACUGAAAUAUGGUCAAAUGGUGAUCAGAUCUCAUUCGCUGUUGGAAAUAAUUCAAAUUCAGGGAUGCCAGAUAUUUUAACACAAUUUCAAGCAUAUUUGGCUAAUACACAAAAAUUACUUUUUGGAACUAUUUAUGCUAUUGGCGUACUCCUUUCAAAUAAGAAUUCAUUAGUUGCAGGCGGCUAUUCUCAAGGACCAGCAUGUACUACUGAAGGUGCGUCGCUGAUUAAUUAUCGAUCAUAUCCAUGGUCGAUUGCGGGUUUACUUGCACAUGAAUUAGCACAUACACUUUCAGUUGUUCAUCCAUUUGAAUUAUCCUACAUAUGUGAUUAUUACAAAACCCAAUUAAAAUUUUGUUCAGCAAUUCCUGCGGAAUGUCUGUGCAGUUCAAAUAAUUAUCCUCCUCAGCAAUGUCUAAUGACAUUUCAAUUUGGCCAAGCCAACCUGAAUGCUCCAAGAUAUACAUCAUGCGAUAUUGAAAUGAUGAACUAUUUCUCGCCGAAUGUCUCUUGUCUUGCCUAG